AUGGAUGAAUCCGGAAAUGUUGAUAGAAUUCGUAAUAAUGACUCAUAUCGAUCAAAUGAAAUACAUGAACCUCGCUUUCGUUUACAUUAUAAUACUACACCUGGUCCUAAUCUUCCUAGAGAGUUUAAUGAUGAUGUUUUUCGUCUGAAUCCACAAAAAGUGUUUCAUUUGAAUACACCUUUUUUUACUAAUGAUCAUAGUGAUGCUCGUUCGACCUUCCAAACAUCAGAAUCCACACUUCCAGCAUCAUUUUGCGAUAUGGGAAACAUUUAUCAUAUCUGUUCUUGGUUAUGUGCAAACCUGAGCAUCUUACUACUUGCUUAUAAUCUUUAUUUGUCGAUGCAAACACCAGUUGCAACCUCAUUCAACUUGGUUACACCAAACGUUAAUUCAGCAACAUUAGCAACCGGUAUACUACAAGCGUUAAGGCAAGAGGACAGAGUAAAUACAACAAUCAUUUAUUUUGUCAUUAGUUCUUGUUGCUAUUGUUUAAUAACUUGCAUAAUUCAGACGAAAGCCAAUCGAGACUUUUUAGAAGAAUUGAAAUGCCUAUUUCUUCGCGCUUGA